AGCGUUUGAAUUUGUCAUUUUUAGUUUAGUAUCGUGCAGAGCGUCUAGAGAGGAAGUUGGUAUAAACUACGCAGCGAUGGCUUCGAAAAAUCUGUUUGUAUUGUUUUUCAUAUUCGCUUUGUUCGCUGCGAAUAUUGCAGGCCUUGUGAUAGGCGUGAACGGGGUUCGGGUGGCUUUGCCACAGGGACUGCAAAUUCUAUCAGAUACAGCUCUACAAUGUCCGAAAAACAGUGAGGUUCGUAACAACCCCUGCCCAAGAACUUGCAAUGACCCUUAUGGCCAGAACAGUUGCAUAACGGUAAUAAGAGAAACGUGCCACUGUAAAGGCGAACUGGUUUUCGAUUCGGAUAGUAUCUGCGUUCCCAUAUCCCAAUGCUGACCGAGUAGAUAUCCGAAAUAAUUAUACAGCGGCGGCUUUGGAUUAACUUUUUUUUUUUAUUUACAUUAUUUUUGCGUGCUUAAAGGCGAUUUCCUUUCUUGUUUUAUUGAUUGUAACGAAUAAACAUUAAAUUUUUUUUAACUCCUCA